AUGAAGACUCGAUCAAGAUCCGAUCAUGGAUGUGGACUCCGUUCUGGUGCCCCUUUCGGCCAGACCAUGUUAGGAAAUGGAAGGGGUGAUCUCGGUCCAUCACAUCUCAUCUGUCGUCGUCACCUGCAUUCCGAUAGUGAUAGAGAAACUUCCCCAUGGACAAUGUAUUACAUGAUAGAGAAGAAGCGAGACUCGCUUGAAGAAACUCUGACAUGCCUUUGGAGGGAAUUGAUGGAAGCUGAUCGAGCUGUGGCUUAUGCCCAUUCUGAGGGGAUUCAUGAUGAGAAGCUUUCCUACAUAGAAGAUGUGGGCCAAGUCGGAAUGACUGAACAUUUCGACCCACCUCACGUUUUGCAAGAAAAAUUGAGCUUUGUUAGCUCAUUUUUGGGUUGUGGCAUUUCUUACAUGUCCGUGCUUUUGGUUAUCACAUCUAUGUCUAUAGCCUUAAGGAGUUUUUCUGUGUUACGAUUUGUGCACGUGGGUAAUGCCAUUGUGGUGCUCUCCAGUACAAAUCUUAUUUAUCCAACAAAUGAAAUUGAACGGCUCGCCAUGUUGGUACAAAAGAGCAAGCAUCUAGUGGUGUUUACAGGUGCAGGAAUUUCGACUUCUUGUGGUAUACCUGAUUUUCGAGGUCCAAAGGGAAUUUGGACUCUGCAGCGUGAAGGCAAAGCAUUGCCUGAAGCAUCAUUGCCCUUUCAUCGUGCAAUGCCAAGUAUGACUCAUAUGGCUUUGGUUGAAUUGGAGAGGGCUGGAAUUUUGAAGUUUGUUAUUAGCCAGAAUGUUGAUGGCCUUCAUCUUCGAUCUGGAAUACCGAGGGAGAAACUUGCCGAGUUACAUGGGAACUCCUUUUUGGAAACCUGCCCUUCUUGUGGAGUCGAGUAUUUGAGGGAUUUUGAGGUGGAGACUAUUGGAUUGAAGGAGACUUCAAGACGGUGCUCAGAUAAAAAAUGUGGAGCACGGCUUAAGGAUACAGUUCUUGACUGGGAGGAUGCAUUGCCCUCAAAGGAGAUGAAUCUGGCUGAGAAGCACUGCAGGAUAGCUGACGUUGUUUUAUGUUUGGGGACAAGUUUGCAGAUCACCCCCGCAUGCAACCUUCCUCUAAAAUCGCUCCGUGGUGGGGGGAAGAUUGUAAUUGUCAACCUUCAGAAAACUCCGAAGGACAAGAAAGCAAAUUUAUUGAUCCAUGGGCUUGUAGAUAAGGUUAUUUCAGGUGUCAUGGACUUCCUAAAUCUUCAGAUUCCUCCAUUUGUCCGGAUAGAUUUUUUUCAGAUCAUUCUAACUCAAGCCUUGAGUUCAGCUUUCUCACAUUGCCCAUUCACUUGCAUUGCAGACAAAAAAAAUGUGAACUGGAACCUCCGGGUAGCAAGUGUACAUGGACAGAAAGCUCCAUUGCCAUUCAUUAAAUCUAUUGAGAUAUCCUUUUUAGAAAAUCAAGGGUAUAAGUCAGCUGUUUUACAGAAGGAACCAUUCCAACUGAAAAGGAGAACAUUACAAGCAAAGUCAUUUGAAAUGGUUAUGAAAUUCAACUUCAUAGAUAGUUGUGGUUGUCCAUCCACAGAAAUUAUUGUCCCUCUUAAUUUUAAGGUUUCAAGAGACUGCUUCGAGCUUGAUAAGGAUGCCAUAUUGCAAAAGCUCAGACACACAGCAAUUCAAGAAUCAUGCUGUGGGCAGAAUGCAGUUGUUGAGAGAAAUGCCCUGUUGACCCCAAAAACUGAUGUCAUUGUAUAUGCCAUUGUAACCAAUGUUAUCCGGUAUAAGAAGACCACUGAAGCCUUGGAAGCUGAUUCUCUAAGUAAUGGUGUUAAAAGGCGAAGGGAAAGCGCAAAUGGUACUGAAACAUCUCGGAAGCGAUCCAAAGUGCACAGGCGCAAACCUAGGUUUUAG